UGUAUAGAUGUUUUUUAGCGUGUAUUCUAUCAAAUUUACAUGAUUUAGAAAUGGUAAUGGGUUUAUGUUAUGAAACUUAUCAACUCAUGUAAAUAAAAGCACUUAUUUUCAUUCCAAUGAAAUUUCAGUCAAGUAUCUAGAAAUAGUAAAUUGAAUUUGUAACGAAUGGGCUGGCCAGUUGAUGACAUUGAUCUGGAUUUAGGUACUGAACUAAAUUCAUCAUAUAAUUUAAGUGAAGCACUUUUGUUUCCAUCAUUGACUAAAUUUAAGCAAGAAGCACCUUCACCAACAAAUACUGAGUUACCUGUAUCUUCAACUAGCCGACCACCAAAUGGUACAUUGGAUAGACCUCUGAUAAACACAAAUAACAGUGAUAACAAUGAUGUCAGUUUACAACAAUUGCUUCAAGAAGGACAAGAUGGAUUUCUGUUGGACAGGCGUCCAGCAGAUACUGAUCUUACUCGUUUUGCCUUUGGGGAUAGCAGAUUUCAAUAUGUCUUAGCAGCAGCUACUAGUACAGCGACAAAAUGCAAUGAAGAUACUUUAACAUAUCUAAAUCAAGGUCAGUCUUAUGAAAUUCGUUUAAAGAAAUUAGGAGAUUUAAGUGCUUACCGCGGAAAGAUUUUGAAAAGUAUAAUUCGUAUAUGUUUCCAUGAACGAAGACUUCAAUAUAUGGAGCGUGAACAGAUGUCUCAAUGGCAAUCCUCACAUCCUGGAGAACGUUUAGUAGAGGUAGAUUUGCCACUUUCCUAUGGUCUAUGUCAUGUAGCACAACCACAAGCACCAGGUGCAUUAAAUAUAGUAGAAGUAAUGUGGGAUCCCAUGAAAGAAGUUGGAGUAUAUGUUAAAGUUAAUUGCAUAUCAACAGAGUUUACAGCCAAGAAACACGGCGGAGAGAAGGGUGUUCCCUUUCGCAUUCAAGUUGAAACAUAUGUAGGCGAUGGUGACUCUGAAAAGGCACUACAUGUUGCAAUGUGCCAGAUAAAGGUUUUUAAAUUAAAAGGUGCUGACCGAAAACAUAAACAGGAUCGAGAAAAAAUAAUGAGACGACCACCUUCUGAGCAAGAGAAAUAUCAACCUAGUUACGAUUGCACUGUUUUAAAUGAUGUGCCUUGCACAAGUAUUGUGUCCGCACUUUCUAGUCCAUCUCCAGAGCCUACUUCUGUUCUAAUUUCUUCUCCAAUGCAGCCUUGUGUAGAAGAAGAUUUAUUAGAUGUUUCUUUAAAGGAUGCUUCCCCACCUCGCUUAUCCCAUUGGUUGCAAUCACACCGAUUUGCCUCCUUGCAGCCAGCUUUAUUAAAUUUUUCUGGUCAAGAUGUGUUGUGUUUAUCUCGAGAUGACUUAAUACAAAUUUGUGGAGUGGCUGAUGGCAUUAGAUUAUAUAAUGCAUUGCAUGCAAGGCCUCCUUCACCUGCAUUAACUUGCUAUGUUUGCACAGAAACAGGUGGACCUUUCCAUGCAUUAUAUCUGCAUUCUUGUACACAGGCUGAAUUUGCUCAAAAGAUUGAUGCAUUGGCUGGAAUUUGGCAAUACUCUGGUUUAUACAAGGAAGGCCCUGGAGGUAUUUUAGUUACUAUCACUGACGAUGUAGUUGCAAAUCUUCCACAGGACUCCUUAUACAAAAUUGAAAAGCACAAUGAUAGACUAAUAUUGAAAAAUUUAUAUUGAGAUUUCAGAAAUAUUUUCUCAUUAAUGUGUCACUUAUUUGUUCACAUUUAAUAUA